UAUUCAACAUGUGUAUGGAGCCCAGCAUCCACCUUUCGAUCCGUUAUUGCAUGGAACCUUGAUAAAACCGGGUUCAAAGGCACCUACAACUCCAGUGAAACUAAAGAAAGUCAGCACUUUCCAAGAAUUUGAAAGUAACACAAGUGAUGCUUGGGAUCUUGGGGAUGAUGAUGAUGAACUCUUAGCAAUAGCUGCUGAAAACUUAAAUACAGAAGUGGUCAUGGAAACGGCUCACAAAGUAAUUGAGAAUCACAGCAAGCUACAAGAACAGCAUAAGUUUCAGGAAGAACAUCUGCAGGAAGAAAACCAAGUAGAAUCUGCAGAGCUGACUUCAAUUGCGUGUGGUGAUAACAGGCUUGUUAAAUCAGUCAGCGAAGGUCAUACAUCGAGUUCAUCAGAUAAUGCUGGUGAAAAUUCUUCCAUGCAGAGAUCACAGUCCCUUCCACAAACUUCCACGCCUCCUUUGAGUGGAAUGGCAGACUAUAAUACCUCAGCUACUCCUGCGUUAACUGAAAGAGAAGCAUCCCGACUGGACAAAUUUAAGCAGCUACUUGCGGGCCCCAAUACAGAUCUUG